UACGUAAACCAACGUCACCAGGAAGUCCACUGAAUCCAAAGCGGCAUCAUGGCAGAAUACACAGACCCACGCGGUGAUGCAGCUGCUGAGGAGAUGCCCGAGCUCUCUGACGGAGAUGAUGAUGACUUUGAUGAAGAUGUGUGGCAGUCGAUGGAGGAGGAGGACAGUCAGCCAGUCACCGUUACCUGUCUGUUCUGUGACAGGCUGCUGAACUCUGUUCCUGCCACCCUGCAGCACUGCACAGAGGAGCACCAGGUCAACCUGGUAGACGUGAUAAGGAAACACAAUUUAGAUGACUACGGUUAUAUAAAGAUGAUCAACUUCAUCCGGUCAACAAAAAGUGAUGCGUCCUGUCUGACGGGGCUGCCAGAUGCUCCCUUACCCUGGGAGAGUGAAGACUUCCUGCGACCAGUCCUACAGGACGACCCCCUGCUGCAGACAGACCCUGAGGAGCUCUGUGAGAGCUUGAGCCCGUCGAUGUGCCCGACAUCUCAGUCCGAGUCCCAUGGUGCUCUGCAGCAGAGGGCCCAGGCCGCUGAGGAGAGAGCCCGCCUCUCAGAGGAGGCGCUGGCUCGAGCCAUGGAUGACCUGCACAAACUCAAGCUGCUGGCUCAGGAUCUAGUGCUUAACGCAGAAACCAGCAAAUCUGCUAAACUGGGUGCCGUGGCCGAGCUCCGAGAGGAUGAAGACGAGGCCUAUUUCAGCUCAUACGGCCAUUACAGCAUCCAUGAGGAGAUGUUGAAGGAUAAAGUCCGCACAGAGAGUUACCGUGACUUCAUGUACCGCAACCCUGAAGUGUUCAAAGACAAGGUGGUGCUCGAUGUGGGCUGUGGGACCGGCAUACUGGCCAUGUUCGCUGCCAGAGCGGGGGCCAAGAAGGUCAUCGCAGUCGACCAAUCAGGAAUCAUAUAUCAGGCCAUGGACAUAGUCAGGUUUAACCAGCUGGAGGACAAGAUUACUCUGAUCAAAGGGCGCAUAGAAGACAUCACGCUCCCUGUGGAGAAGGUGGACAUCAUCAUCUCAGAGUGGAUGGGUUACUUCUUGCUGUUUGAGUCCAUGCUGGACUCUGUCCUGUACGCCAGAGACCUCUACCUAGCUGAUGGCGGCACAGUCUAUCCAGACCUUUGUAACAUCAGCCUGGCAGCAGUUGGAGACUCACAGAAACACCAAGACCACAUUGAAUUCUGGGAUGACGUGUAUGGCUUCAACAUGGCCUGCAUGAAGAGGGUGGUGGUGCCCGAGGCUAUGGUGGAAAUGGUGAAAGCAGACACGCUCAUCUCUGAACCUACAGUCAUACAGACAAUUGACUGUAACACAGUGUGCCUGUCUGAGCUGGAGUUUGCAUCAGAUUUCUGCUUGAAGAUAACAAACACCACAGAAUGCACGGCAAUUGUCGGCUACUUUGACAUUUUCUUUGACAAAGGCUGCGGCAACAAGGUGAUGUUCUCCACGGGUCCUCAGGUCACAAAGACGCACUGGAAACAGACUGUGUUUCUACUGGAGAGGCCUUUCUCUGUCCAAGCAGGGGAGGAGCUCCGGGGAAAGAUCACCGUGCGUAAAAACAAGAAGGACCCUCGUGCCCUGUUGAUCAGCCUCCAGCUGCGAGAUAGGAAGCUGUUUUACAGCCUGCAGUAACAUCAGCGGCCACAUGGUACAACGUUCCCCAGAUACAGCCCACUUUUUAACUGACCAUUCAGGAAUUCACCUGUGGGAGAAGGAUAGAAUUAAAAAGUAGAUUUUUGAUGUUUCAAAUGUUUAGGAUUGUUUCUGUGCCUUUUUAAUAAAUAAAAAAA